GCGGCCGAGGCCACCCUGCGGCUGAGUGCCGAGCCGGCUGGCACCUUCCUGAUCCGGGACAGCUCCGACCAGCGGCACUUCUUCACCCUCAGCGUCAAGACGGAGUCGGGCCCCAAGAACCUGCGCAUCCAGUGCGAGGGCGGCAGCUUCUGUCUGCAGAGUGACCCCCGCAGCAGCCAGCCUGUGCCCCGCUUCGACUGCGUCCUCAAGCUGGUGCACCACUACAUGCCCCCCCUGGCCGAGCAGCCCGGGGGCGCCCCGCCCCCCAAGCGCGCCUACUACAUCUACUCCGGGGGCGAGAAGAUCCCGCUGAUCCUGAGCCGCCCGCUCUCCUCCAACGUGUCCAGUCUGCAGCAUCUCUGCCGCAAGACCGUCAACGGGCACCUGAACUGCUACGGGAAGAUGACUCAGCUGCCGGGGCCCAUCAAGGAGUUCCUGGACCAGUACGAUGCCCCCCUCUAAGGAGCCCCAAGGAGGGGCCACACAUGGCACAAGCACAAAGCAGGGUAGAGGGCACAGGGUUCUGGCAGAAGAUGAACUUGCAGGGCAAAGCCAGCCUUCCCCCUAUGGCAAGGGAGGGGGGAUGGUCACCAGGGGCCCUGCCCAGCACAGAGAGGUCUUGAGUCCCUCUCCACAACGGCCGGAGGCUGACGCUACGCGGCCGCCGGGUUGCCUGCCCCAGCCGGUCUCCCCGGCGGCAGCCCAGUGCAGGGUGCGUCUAUUCCUGGGGCAGCCGCUGGGAAGGAGCCCUGCUGAGCACCUGCGGGAGAUGUGCACCCCGCAGAGUGCCCCGUUUUCUGGCCACAGCGAUCUGACCAAACUCGAGCUGUGCUGACAGCAAAGCCGGUCUGGAAUAGCAGAAGCAAAGCACUGGAAUCCAGCGAGUGCCUGAUCCGUCUU